GCGGCGACCCUGGGUGUCCCCUGCCAGUGCCACAGUUCUCUCAGCCGCCGUCACGCCUUCUACGGCUCCUCCUAUAACAUUUCCCCCACAAUGGACGGUCAGAAUGAGGUCAAACCCCAGCCCUUACUUGUGGCAUUUGGCAACCCUCUGCUGGACAUUACUGCCGUGGUUAAGGACAGAGGUCUGCACGACGAAUUCCAGCUCCCGGUGGACGGCCAGUUAGAAAUCACCGACCAGCAACGAGCUUUAUUCAGCCUCGUCAUGAAAAAGUAUCCAGUAGAGUACACGGCAGGAGGUUGUGCGCUCAAUUCAUCUCGUGUAUUUUGCUGGGUGUUGGGCGAGCCAGAGAGAGUCGUCUUUGUCGGGGGGAUCGGCAAGGAUGAACAGGCCAACAAACUCUCUGCAAUCAUAAAAGACAGUGGAGUUGUUACAAGAUUUGUGGAUGUAGAGGACCAACCCACAGGCAUGUGUGUGGCACUGGUUUUAGGAGCCUGCCGGUGCCUGUGUGCUGACAUUGGCGCAGCUAACGUGUGUGAACCACACCAUGUGUUUAACCUCAACCUCUUUCCUGUCUUAGAACCUGCCAAGUUUGUUUAUGUAGAAGGAUAUUUCAUCACCCACAGUUUCCGUACAACUCUACAGAUUGCCAAAUAUGCUCAGAAAAAAGGAAAAACUUUUGUAUUUAAUCUGUGUGGAAGUUACGUGUGUGAAAACCAUCCCAACGAAUUAGCAGAACUCCUGCCGUACGUGGACAUCCUGUUCGGGUUUGUUGAAGAGUACAAGACCUUGGAUAAGUUUGUUGACAUCCAGAAAGUGUCGUCCAAUCUGAAGAAUAACCCAAACAACAUAACCCAUGAUAUUUUACAGGUGUUAAGAGCAAUUAAAGGUGAGGAAAAAAUCAUAAAGGACAAUGUUAAAUAUGUGUGUGAAGAACUGAGGGAAGUGGCCAAACUUGACUCCUUAAAGAUAUCUGACACUGGUAAUCAUCUUCAUCACAAGGAUCGUGUUGACACCAAUGGAACCACAACAGGUUUAUGUAAUGGUAUGAUUAAUGGUCAUGGCUGUGAUUCUUUAUGUCCGGUAAAUGAUAGAAAGCAGAAACUUGUGGUUGUAACAAAGGGCCCAAAUCCUCUUUUGUAUGUGCACAGUCAUGAAGUUAGAGAACGUCCAGUACCCCCAAUAUCACCUAAAGACAUUGUAGACACGACUGGUGCGGGUGACUCGUUUGUAGGAGGGUUUUUGGCUGCUUUAAGCACAGGGCAGCCUCUUGACAAGUGCCUUGACUGUGGCACGUGGACAGCUCAAAAACUUUUACAACAGAAAGGAUGCACACUUCCUACUUUCCCUGCCACUUUCCUUAGUCAAGAUUGAAGGGCAUAAUUUCUGUCCAGAUACAAUAUUUCCAGGACAUCCUGCCAUCUUGUUAGUGAUGAAUGGUGGCAGAAUUAAUUCUUGAAGCUUUUCAGAUUCCCUCGCCAGUAAAUAUUGAAAACAGAUUCCAGAGAAUAUUUAGAUAUUAGCUCCUCCUGCUGCACUAUAAGAUAAAGAGAUCAGUAGUUGCAUAUAGAACAGACUGAUCCUUACUCAUGAUAUCAAUUAGUGAGCAUACAAAGUCACACAUCACUAUUAAUCCAGGUGUGAAGAACCUUACAUCAUGUACAAUUUGAAACUUCACAGAUUCCUUUUAGCUGUUGAUAACCCAUGUUAAUUGUGAGGCAGUUACAACACUACCAACCAUCACUCAGGAAUCUGUAAGCUUUUCAAACUAUAUACAGUACUCUUAUAAAGUUUCACUACAUUGGAGACAAAUGUGGAUGAACGCAGCCUUAUUAUUAUUAUUGUCAUAAUUUUUCCUUUGUUUUGUCCCUUUUUUCCUCAGAAUAUAAUAUACUUAAAACUCAUUUUUUCAUUUGUCAGCGAGUGAGGUAGCCUCAUCCCCUCAGGCUAUCUGGCUCAAGUAGUCCAAGGCCUUUAUAUGACUCAGGACCAGCUCUGAGGACACUAUACAGUAGCAGGUUAAGAGUUCAGUACUUUACUGUACCAGCUCCUUGUUGCACCCAUGAUUAAGAGGCCAGAGUUCCUGAAUAACAAACACAAAGUGCUUCUCUAUUUUGUAGUAGUAGUAAGCAGGGUAAUCUCUUUAUUGUGCUCUACCAAAAUAUUUCUUCCUUCCGUGUUAGAGAUAAGUAGAUAUAUUUUUGUCAUUUAUUUGUUUGUCAUUAAACAAGAACAUAUGCAUAAUAGCAAGUGUGCAGUAAAUGCAGUGUUUAGAAAACAUUGUAUAUGUAACUGUAUGUAAUGACCUGAGGAUGAGUAUUAUAGUGCAAGAAAUGGGUUUGAAAUCGUAUACAUUAUGUAUAUACUGUAUAUAUGUUAGGCUAAUAAUAUAUAUACAUUUACCUACUGCAGGGCACUUGUUAUUCUUGCCUCAGCACUCAGGUUAACACCGCAUAUGUCCACACAUUAUAGUGUCAGACAACCAACAUUUGUUAGUGCAUUGUUCAAUUUUGUUUGCUUAGAACAUAAGUAGUAGUUAUUAUUUAUCAAUCUCAUCUGUUUGUCCUUAUUUGUUAGUGCUUCCUCUUUAUCACAGCAAAGCAGGGUGGAAUUUUUAGAAUUUUCUCCAAGUAUGUCGGUUACAAGCUGGAGUGCCGAUGACUUCCAAUAUUAUAAUUUAUAACGUAUGCCAAAAAAUAUUGCUUUGGCUGUACCAUAUAAUGAGAGAUAAGUUAGAAGUCAUAAAAAUGGGAUAUACUGAGGUAUUUGUCAUGCAUGAUUAAUGGAAAGUUUGGCAUUUUGUUGUCAUUGUAAGGGGACUACACAAGACAUAUUAGAGGGAGCAAGAUGGUCCCGUGGGGAAUGUACACAAUGAAGCUCCUUGUACUGUUCCCUUGUGAGUCUCUUCAUUAGUGAUCAUCAGUGACUCAGUCUACCACACAUUACUUGCUGAUUACAUAAUGAAUUUGUAAUAAUUGAUAUGUGAAAGUUUGGAUUGUCCCCCAACAGGUAAAAUGAUUCAAAUACAGUAUUGUGAAGAUCAAGCAAGUAUAGAUAGUAAGAUAAGGAACACCAAAUAACUGUGUUCGUAAAAGAAUGUUGAUGUUGAGGGAUUGUACUGGGUUAUGGUGCAGGGCUUUAGUGUAGAUCCAACCAAAGAGAGGGGACCAUUGCAUAGAAAUUCAUGAAAAGGGUACAACAGUCCAAGUUUCUGAGGGUCACAGCACACAGGUGCUGAAGACGGUAUUUUAUAUUGUCAAAGAGGCAUCACGACCUGUCUCCAGCGGUGCAAUGACAGCCAUGGGUUCCGUGAAGUUCCAAGCCUGUUGUUUGUUUGUUUGACAGUGGUAUGGUUGGGUGUGGAUAGCGCAGUAUACCUAUCUCUGUGUGUGUCUACAAUGUAUUACUUUUUAAUAUUAUUGUUUUUAUAGAAUUUUUUAGUUUCCAAAGCCCCAAACAUAUUUGAAUAUACAUACAAGGAAGUCUCUUGUUGGGGUAUACUCUUUCAAACAUUUAAUGGGUGCGAGUAGUGGUAAUUUUUAUGUGCUAUUCGAGAGUAGAUGUUGAUAUGAGAUAGGGACAUUGCUCACAGUUUUGUGUUGCAUAAUUUCUUUGACCUUUAACUGUGUAAAUACUCAAGGUAAAGGAAGUUUGUGUAGGUAAUGGAAAACAAAAGUUAGAAAAUAUUCUGAUAUGAUAUAUAUUAGUCAGCAAAUACUCUAAUAGGAGAAAUAUAGUCAGCAAAUAUUGUAAUGGGAAUUAUGAGUGUAAAGAUUGUACAGUAAUAGGCAAUAUAAUACAACAGUCUGCAAACAUUCUCUCUUGUGGCUCACUUAAGCUACAACUUGUCCAUGAGAGUUAGAGUAAUACCAUCAAGUGUUACGUUAGUUUGUCAUCCAUGUCGUUACUACGUGCUUUUAGUUAUUUAUUUUAUAUUUUUUUAUCCAGUAAUUACUCAAACAGAACUUCCUUCAUUUGCAUUUUCUUAUUAGUUUUAGAUUCAGGUUGCAUACAAGCCGAUGUAACUAAAUGAUUUACGUGUUUGUGCUGUAAACGUGGUGCUCUUUCUUUCCGCAUGAACUGUAUUAUAAAAGCGCAAGAGGGAGUCAUGUGGUUUACUGGGAAUUAUUUUAGCUUGAACUCAGACCUCUAUUUAUCCAUCAGUAACUACAACACACACACACAUGUACUGUAAUAUAAUGAAUCUUAAGAAUUGCUAUCUACAUAUUUCAGUCAUUUUGCCAAAGCAGUUUUGUGUGUGUGUGUGUGUGUGUGUGCUUGCGUGCGGAGGUGUAUGUGUGUGUGUGUUCCUGCCUGGGAUAACAAGAACUCGUUACUUCUUUAGCUACUUUUAUCCACACAGAUUAACACCACAGAAGUUUAUAAUCAUGCUCAGAGGUAGAGAUAGCAAAUACAGUACAUAUAUCAACUGUACUUGGUAGAGAUAUACAGUAUAGGAAAUAUAAAUAUGUGUGUGCAUAAUGAGUUGCAGAAACUUACAAAUGAAUAUGGUGUUACUAUUUUUUUUUUGUCCUUUAUGAAUGAUUCAGUUAAGAUUUUUUUCUCACAUUUGCAAAUAUUUUCCUGCCAUUGAUGCCCAGUGGUUGGAAUGUUCAAGGUGAAGUAAUGUUGUUCUCGUGGAAGAAAAACAUAAAAAUUUAUUAUUUUUGUAUCAAUUAUAUCAUUCCUGAUGUUUAGAAGCAAAUUUUAUUAUUAAUAUAUUGGCCAAUGUAUUUACUUGGGUAGUUCUAAAGUCAUAUUGUACUGCCCUUCCCCUUGAUGUUAAAAGUUAUGUUCUUGAUUCUGUCCUCACCAUUGUGGCUCAUAGUGGGAAGAGAGUUACUAGUGUGGAAAAAUAACUUAAUUGAAUCACAAAUAAAGUAAUGUACUGUACCUCAUAAUUUUAUAUCGAUACACCUAGCAAGUGGCCUUAGUACCGGUUAUUCCUGGCUGCUUUGUAGGGCGUUACAGAAGCCUGGCCUCGUACAGUUUAAACAUUAAAUGAUACUGUGCUAUAUAUCUUGUCACGUUGAUUCAGUAGUCUAGUGAGUGUCCACUUAAUGUUCGUGCAGUUACCUACAGGUUUUUAACAGGUACAGUGGCUGGUACAUUUUGUGAGAUGCAGCAACUCUGUGUAAUGCUUAUUUAUCGUCCUUAGCCUGGCUACUAUUGUAACGUUCCUUAGGGCUACAUUACAAAACACAACAGUCGCUGUACCAGGCAACUGUACCUUUUGAAAACCUGUAGGUAAUUGCACGUACAUUAAGUGGACACUAACAAUAAACACUGGCGAACAUUUAACUUUGUGAUUGUGCCAAUAAUAAACUAAAUUUAAUCACGCAGGGGACAACUUAAGGUAGAGUGUAUCUAGAAAGUUAUACUACCUUUUUAAGUCUCUCAUCUGCAGGGUAAAGUUUAGUCUAACAUUGCCAUAUUCAGUGUGGGAGAAUUUUUCAGCGUUCAUACAUCACCAGACGACAGAAUCAACAUGAUAACAGAUCCAUGUGAAGACUUAUGGAGGUAAUUUUGAAACCCUGUGAGGCCAGACUUGUGAAAGAGCCACUAUAACAGCAUAAAAUAUUUAGAUAAUGUCCUUAGGUUACCUUCUCCGUCAGCAUCAAUAUCCUGGUGUAAUGAAGUACAGCAUCUGCCAUGAGGAUACUGAUCAAAUGGGCCCCAGUCAUAAUAAGCCCCAACAUGGUCUUUGAUAUUAAGGUUCAGUCCAAAUGGGCUCCUACCAAUACUAAUGGUUAGGUUGUUCUGAAGUCUGGCGAGGAUUGAGGCUUAUUUGACUCGCAUCCUCCAACAAAUAAACCAACAUAGUACUGUGUCUUUGGUAGUUUUAUCACGAGUCGAUAUGCAAAUUUAUGUGUAUGUGGGACCUCCGACUGAACAUCUACCUAUGAAUUUUCCCCCCAAAACUGAUUAAUUUUACUCAAUACAUUAAUAUAUAAAGGUAAUGGAAAUUAUCAGGGGUUGAUGGUGCAAAUCUGUUGUUAGCAGCUCAAGCAGUUAUGGUCUAGCCCCAACACAAUGAUUUCUGGCCAGUAAUAUGAAAUCCAUAUUUGUGUGUGUGUUUGUGUGCACCUUUAUGAGGGACUGUGGAAGACAAGCUUAGGGUUUUGCUAACUGUGUACAAGAGGUUUAUUUACAUGCCAUGGACUCGGGUUAGAAAUAUAAAUUGAGUCAUUGAAAGUGAAGCUGCUGAUAUGUAUAUAAAUUAUAAUCAAAAUAGCAAAAUAAUAUGUCUACUCCAAAAAGUGCUGUACUGUACUGUACAAUUCUUGAUGGAAAUAUGACUAACUAUUGAUGUUAGUUACAUUGAUGGUUUUCAUUUUUUUUUUAAGUGUAGUUUGUAUUGUACUGUUAAUUCUUCAGUGACGUAGAUAAUUGGUUGAAUGUCUGAGGAGAUGUUAUGAGUGAAUAAUUAUUGCACAAAGCAGAAGGAGUAACUGGUGGUAGAUGUACUGUAAUGUAUGUGUUGAUGAUAGAAAGAACAACAAGGACCCACAUGUGAGACCAGUGUACAAGUCAUAAAUUAUUUAUUGUUGUAGAUAAUGCUAAGCCAACAAAAAUGUCAGAUUACAGUGCAGGUUCUUACUUGUUUAACGUUUACAGUCAAACUCUGAUUAUGUGGAAAUUGGAUUUACUGUACGUGGAAAGCCUAAAAAAUAUUUAGUUUAAAUUCACUAGGCCACCACUUAAGAUAUUAUAUUGUUGUAUACACAUUAUGAUCAGUAUAAUUUGUAGCAUUCGGCCUUUUUUCUGGUAUAUAAAACAAGAUGUGUCUACCCACAGUAAUGUCUACAUAAAUAAGGUUUUACUGUAUAGUAAAGAUAUUUUCCUGUUAGUAUUUGUCAUAUAUCUUGGCUUUUCUAUUAUAUUGUAGGGCUUUCAAAAUGAUGUGAUAUUCAUACCUCCCUCAAUCUGUCAUCAGCAGUGGAUGAAAUGGAAGAUACUAGCCUCUGGACCCAAUUGUUUGUUGAGAAAUACCCCCUGAUAACUACCAGGUACUGUACCUGUCUAGAAAAAACAUGUUGAAAGCCCUACAUAGUUUGGUUUUGUUAAGGUGGAAGUGAUAUUGUUGAUAAACUUGGCUGUUCUUUAGUGAAUAUUGUGUGUGAAACAGAACUGAGAUGACUGUUAUACAUGUAGCAAAGUGUACAGUAGUAUAUGGUUUUAUUAGAAGGGUCUCAGAAAAUGUGUAUUUAAUGGUGUUAUAAAGAACCUUGUAUCAAGGCUGCUGGGAGAAGGUGUGAGAUAAAGCUCUUGUCGUGUACAGUCAUUGUUGCCACAUCUGUGUCUCGCCAACAAUGGCCGUAUAUAUUAAGAAUUGCUUGACCCAACUGUUGAUUAAUAUGGAAUUUAAAUUUUAUAAAGUGUGGAGCAAGUGUUUCAUCUGUUAAAUUUAUGAUAAUAUACACAUUUUCAAAGAGCUUACAUUUAUUUUUGAUAUUACAAAAAUGUACAGUGUAUGUACACGUGAUGAAUAUGAUAAUUUCUAAUAGUAACUUAUUCUGUCUUAUGACGUCUUUUUUCAUAAUAAUAUUUUUUGCUAAUUUUACAGUUUGUUUUCCAGAAAUGUGUUGAAGCUCCGGCAGAGUACCGGUAAUAAUGACACAUUAAAUUUCAAUUAUUGGAAUUAGGUAAAAUUUGACAUUUAUUUAUAAUAUAUACAGCAUCCUCCCAAAAAAUUAUUGGAAAGAUAAGAAUUAUAAAUAUCUCCCCAUAUGGACAACUUGGUGUAGUUGUGUGGAGGCUGGGAGUCAGCAGCUGUUCCUCAGUACUGUACUGUACUGUACCGACGUAUCUGAACCGUAGCUUUUAAAUUAUCCAGUAGCCUAAUAUAUGAUAUAUUUAUAUUGAAGUCAGAUAGAAGAAGUAUUACUAGUUAUAUUAGAGUAACAUUGUAAUCCAUCAAACAGUUGUUUUAACUAGACGAGAAAAUUGAAGUUAACUAUAAAUUGUUUAUUCUUGUAAUCAAUAAUGAGAAAGAAAAUUCAUGUUUACUGUUAUGAAGAAAAUUCAAGUACAGUACCCUGGUUUGUUAUUAUGAAUACAUGUAUUAGUCUGUAGGUGUUCAGCAAUGGUCUUGAUAUUUUUUCUUUUUUCAUGAAUAUUUGAACAUUGAGAUGUUACUGUACACCCACUACAGUGAUCAAGCCUUAUUAGUCAUAGAUCUGAUGUUUCAUAAAUUUUACAGAACCAACAUAUUACUUUACAUGAUCAAAUUGUUCUUGACAGAUUUAGACGUCUGCUGCAUUCUGUUUUUCGUUGAUUUAUUAACAGUAACUGCUCUGUGCCCUCUGCAACUAUUGUUAUACAAGUGUAAAUGAGUUUUACUUGCUGUGCAAUCUCUUCCAUUUAAUUAAUAGAUAUUGUAUUUAAACAUUUCCAGUGUAUGAAUGGAUGUAGCAUAUGAAAAAUGGUAAAUUGUAACAACGUACUUAAUCUAUCUACAGUAUAUUU